AUUUCAGCCUUUGUUGUUGUUGUUGUUGUUGUCGUCGUCGCUGUUUUCCAUUUGGCCUGUAACGAUGACAGAGCCGCGUGGCUCCGCGUGCCCGUGGUGUUCAUUAACUGCGCCUCAACCCUCAUUCCGUGCGGAUUCCCUCGUUUGAGCCCGUCGAGGUGGAAAGAUGACUCAACGUAGCAGCCUUCAGCCGCUGAUGCAGUGAUUUAUAGGAGGCCUCGGGUUUGCGCGCAGCGCGUUCGGUGCCAGCGCGUCAAUAACAGUCAGACCUAAUUAGCGUCUAACUCGCUUUAAGCGCGCUCUGUAAAGCCAAAAUGCUAUUGAUCUGUCAUGGAUCUGUGGUUAAGGCUGUCGAUCCGGUUGGUCUGUAAUUGUUUUUCAAGCCGUAUUGAUUUGCAGUGCUAUUCAAAAAGAGCAGACCAGAGGUCUCUAGAUAGGUAAAAAAAAAAAGAUAGUUCUUUAGCUGCUGUAGUGCACGUGUGAUACAAUAAACUAGGACGCCAUGUGUAGAACAAUAGAGCAGAGAGCAUACGCAUCAAGGCCAUUUACGCCACAAAAGGGUUGGUGAUUCAUCUCGAUUAGACAGAACAAAGUUGUAAUUAUAGAGGGUCGGACUUCAAUUGACUGGGAAAAUUGCACCAGGAUGCAUUCCUCCUUGCCUCUGCGAGGCUCACAAGUGACUAGCUGACCCUUUUAUAAGCAGGAUGGUGCCUUCAAGUGCUGGUGGAGAAGUGUAGACGCGAUUGAGGGACACCAGGGACCAGUUCGCCUUCUCCUUGAAGGAUAGAAGUCACUGGAGCCAGAUCUUAACAGGAUGCUACGUUCUUCUCAAAGCUCUGUGCUCUGGAAGUGAAGGUGCCCUGAGGCGGAGUCAUGGGCUGUGGGGGGAGCAGGACCGAUGCUCUGGAGCCCCGAUACCUGGAGAGCUGGACCAAAGAGACGGAGUCGACGUGGCUGACCAGCACGGACACCGAUAUCCCCCUGUCGUCCAUCCAGAGCAUCCCCUCGGAAAACUCUGAGGCCGGCUUCGCUUCGGAGAAAACAAUCAGCCCCGUUCCAGAUUUCUUCGAGGACGGCCUCCCUCUCCCGGCUCAGGCGUACCUGAAGGUCUGUUCGGCCGUGCCUGAGGCCAGUCUGAACGACGUGACGCCCGCCGGCCCCCCUGCCGCACCGGGUACUUCUCCACCCAAAGAGGCGGCGUCGCCGUCCGCCGGCACCACGGUGCAGCGCAGGAGUGUUCUACACACUGAAGAGAUUGUGAGACUCCUGUUGUUAUACACAAAGUGGCAGGACAAUCGGAUGUCGACCAAGCAGGUGACAAUCACAGUGACUCAGAGCAUCCAUCGGGUGGACAGGAACGGGAAGGUGAAGAAGUCCCUCACCACCUACGAGGUCAUGAAACCCGUGGAGAGCCUCAAACAGGUGGCCGCGCAGAACGCUCGAGCUCAGCGAAACUAACUGAACGUCACUGUGAAACGUGGGGAACCGCUGAAAGCACAAGGAGCUACAAGUUGGGUGAUAUUGGAAGUACAGCUCGUUCUAAUAAGAACUAAAGGAACACGGAGGCCGUGGAGGGCUUUCAUUCUGUGAAACGCACGUCAUAAAUAAAUAUAAAGAAAACACCUACGCUGACAUUUUACAGUGUCAGUCCAAAAAUAAAUGAAGAAAUUCAUGGUUCAUCACAGAAGACACUUCUGGGCACAGUUCAAAUUUCACUCGAAGCUAAAAUGCCUUUUUUGCUGCUAAUUUAUGAAGCUUUUGAGGACAAAUAUAAAAGUAAAACCAAUGCUACAGCUACACAUAUAGUUUGGUUAUUUGACAUUGAUACUUAUACCAUGUAGUUGCUGCUGCACUACAACCUCAAUGGUUGUACUAUUGACGGCGAGGCCGGGAAAGGAGCUUGUGACGACAAUGUAAAACAUUGUCUUUCUUUCUUUUGUCGCUUUGUACAAUACAGUAUUGCAUUUUCUUAUCUAGAUGUUUUCUAAUGACAAUAAAUCCAACCAAAACAUUAA